UACCUUUUGUGCAAAACUUAAACUAUUGCCAUAUCUUAAAACUGAAGCCCUUUAUUUGCUGUCAAACACAUCUGAUUUCAUUAUUGGCCAUAUUGUAUGUGAGUUUAUAGUCGGCAAUAUUAAAAAGAUUUAAAUGGCUUGCAAAAUAUUUAAUGCCUUUGAAGGGUGUAUGGAGGAGUUAGCUUAUCAGCGACCAGCGCUGCAUGACAUGGAUCCAGAGGUAUUUCCUAGUGGCGCACCUUUCAGCAAAUCGUUGAUUGAAAUUUCUGGUUCAUCGGAAGCGGGUAAAAGUAUGCUUCUGUGGAGGUUGAUGGCGCGUUGCCUCACGCCUACCUAUUUUGGUGGUCGCAAUUGUGAUAUUAUUUUUAUUGAUUUACAACAUAAAUUCGAUAUGGAACACUUUGCACGACAAAUCAAACGUUUGGUGAGUUCUUCUGGAGAACAAUAUACUACUACUGAAUUGGAAGAAGUGGUGGAAAAGUCCCUUGAAUCGAUACAUUUAUUGAAUUGUUACAACUCAAAAGACUUCGAUGUAGCUUUGGAAUUUGCAGACGGAUUGUUGCUGAAACAUUCUGAUUGUGCAAUGAUAGCAAUUGAUGGAUUGGAUCGUUUCUAUUGGUUGGACACAUAUGUGCGCCGUAUACGUAUGCAAACUCAUUACCUGCGGAAUGUAGAGCGGAUACGAAAUUUAUGUGAGCGCCAUGGUGUCUGUUGUGCGUACACUGUUGACACCAACUAUUUAGGUGUAAAAAGAGUGGGGGGAGUUGAAGGCAAUGCUCCUGGUAACGUUGCAUUGAGAACAAAUGUGAAUGUGGAACACAGGCUUUAUUUGCAAUUUCGAAAGAAUGGCGAGCGUUUUCUUAAUGAGAGGCCUGUGGAGAUCAGAGAUGAUGGCUUGCACUUCAUAAAUACGCAGCAAUAAAGUAAAGCGUAAAAAAUACUUUAAAAAUAUGGACAAGAGGAGUACAUGCGCCCU